GGACGGAGCCAGUCGGCGGGUCCAGCGGGAGCACGGGAAGUGAAGAUAUAUUGAACUAUACAUAUCUGACAGAUGGGGCAGGGUUGAACGCCGUCGAUGGUGCGUGGAUGAGCCGUGGCACGUUGUCGCCGGCGUCCUGAUCCGUGGAUCAGGUAUGGUGGUUCCCGCUAGCGCCGGCAGUGCACGCAGUUAAUGCAGUGGUUGGGUGACUCGGUGGAUGUGGAUUUGUGUCUUAUCCCAGUGGGGGGAGAGGUGGAGACAUUGACUCCGGCGACGGCGAGUGGGCGGUCCGGCGAUCUCGCAGGGGUUCCGCCGACCAUGGAAUUCUUGCUGCAGCCAAUAAACAGUGAUUAGAACUCUGCUUGAGGAGGUCAAUGAAAAUAACGGGACAAUGGAGCCCGUGCGGUUCCCAGUGGCCGCGCCGGCGGAGAUACCUGCUCCAGCCCCGGCCGGUUCAAGUGCGGACGGCCAGAUCUAUCGGCCGGAAGUGGCAGGCGGGGACAAGGCUCAGGGGUCCGAGCACUCGAUAGAGCAGUUGGACCCGAAGACACCAGGAUGGACGCAAAGGGGAAGCCAAUCGUUGAGAAUACUCGUUCGUGCCGGUGUGAAUGCCCAACCCUCAUCAGACUACUGAGGACAAAGGACAUUGGCAGGAUGGGAGGGAUGACUCAGUACAAAUGGGGAGGGGAUGCUAGCUCGUCGAGCAGCUCAACCCUUUUCAGUGUAGAGGUGCCUCAUGGGAGCCUCAGUAGUCUCCCACCCUGCAUCGUCAUUGACAAAUUCUGAAGAAUGCACAAGGGUUUGCAGCGAUCCGAUCCAGGCAGAAGAGGAGUCUGAAGCAUCAGUUAACCAGGGAGAUGAGGCCGUGAUACAUGAGAACUCAGGCAUCUCCACGGUGUCUCUGCAGGUGUCCAUGGUGAGUGGGGAUGCUGAACUGCGGAAGGAACAACAGCCCGCCGAGCAGAUGGAGCAAGGGAUUCAUGGGUGUCCAGAUGCAGAGGAAGGGUUCAGAGAGCAUGAUCCUGCUGCUAAUCAAGUGGAGCUGGAGCAAGAGGAAUCCCUGAAGCUGAUGUUAACAGCGGAUGGCGAUGUGGAGGAAAGCAAUCGCCACAGCGCCAAACGUGCUAGAAAGAAUUUCUGGUUAGAAGUGUAGUUCGUUGUUAGUACAGUCAGAUUAGGCAAAGAUGCCUUUGUCUUGUUGCUGACAUGUGUACUCAGUAAUUAGUUUGAGUGUGUUGAGUAGAUCUCUAGGUUUGUAAGUGGUUCAUCGGUGGUGUAGUGAACUCUGUACUGUAAUGCAGAGGAGUGCCUGUUGUUGUCAACAAGUAUAAAUCAACGUGCCUAAGCGAGGCUUAUU